AUGGCACCACAACGACGCACUCGCCGGGCCACGCCCACGGCCGCAGCACCAGCAGCACCAGAGGCCGAGAACCCCUUCCUGCCGAGCAUCGAGACGCAGCAGUCCUUCGCGUACGGGUCGAGCACGCCGGCGCUGCCUCGCCGGCUGGGCUCGCACCCGUCAGCUAACAACGCGGAGGAGGUGGCUGCGACUCUCUCGAUGUCGGCAGGCUUCCACCAGAUCGAGGACGAGGCACGCCGGAGCCCCGAGAAGCAGCGGCGAGCCGAGAGCGUGCUCAGCGGCCGGGAGACGAGCCUGUCUCCCGCGCCUAGGGAGACCAUCCGGAGGCUGACGCCCGACAUCCAGCUGAUGGGCUCGUUGAGAGAGGCGUCUGGAGAGCCCGAAGACCACCAGGACGAGCACCGGCACCAGCACCAGCACCAGCACCAGCAGCAUCACCAGCAGCAUCAUCAGCAAGACGAUGAUGCAGAAGCCGACCUUCUGGCGGAUGCAAUUGACGGGUCCAGCAUCAGUUGGAACACGGAGCGCCAUCUGCUGGCGACGGAGCAGCAGCAGGUCUCCCGCCGACCGGCCAACCUGGGCUUCCCGAACUGGCCUGCUCGGGCAACAGCAGCGACGGCCGCAAGACGGACAGCAGGGCCGCCGAUGUCCCCUUCUCAAGCCAGCAGCACGUCGAUCCAGCUGCAGCAUCUCCAGCGCCAGCAACACCUCCAGCAUCACCAGCUGCGCGGCCAGCCACAGAGAAGCCGCGCGACAGCCGAGAGAAUCGAGCGAGGCACCGCCAUCGGCCGUCCAGUUACUACUACCACUACUGCUGCUGGUAUAGCUACUACGACAUCACUAUCACCAUCAGGCCGCCGCGAGAGUGCCUCUGACGGCGAGCGAGUCGACACUCCGCAGUCCGAGCAUACUCCAUCUUCCUCCCGCCCUCCAUCUGCUCAGGACAUCCUUACUCCUAUUUCUCCUUCUACUUCAUCUUCGUCCGGACUCCGUCUUGGAUUCUCUCAUGUCAUUACGAUCCUGCUUACCGUCAUGGUUGCCCUGAAUGGCUACCUUCUCCGCGACGAGAUCGCAUCCGCUGCAAAGUCCAUCUAUCUUCCAGGCAGAGGAAGCUCCAGUCUUACCGGCAGCAACUGCACCGAGAACAUCAGCCAGAUGAUGACCGCCGUCGAGCAACGACUGACGACCAUGACCAAGGACAUCACUUUGCUCAAGCAGGAAGUCAGCAAAGUGCCAGAAGUUAACCAAAACCCACACCAAAGCGACAAGAUCAAGAGCCAAAACAAGAUCCAGCUUGCCGUCGAGCUUGGCCAGGCCAUCGUGCCCGAAGAGGUGAUCGUCGAACACAUGCCCCGAGAGGCCACGCUUGACAACGGCGCCGCCGCACCGCAGCUCAUGGAACUCUGGGGCGAGUACGAAGAGGCCGAAAAGGACGAACCGCUUAAGGAGAGGCUGGCGCGAGUGUGGCCGGGGGAGCCGCAGUCGGCCUAUGUCAACGAGCCGUCUCUGGGCCCGUCUUUCGUCCGCCUCGGCCGCUGGCGCUACGACAUCCAUCACCCUCACUCUCAGCAUCAGCAUGACCACCAGUAUCACCACAUCCAGCGCUUCCCUGUGCAGGCGUCGUCUGUCAUUGAGCGGAAGACGAAGAGGGUCGUCGUCGUGGCCCGGACUAACUGGGGCCAGCGCGAGUACACCUGCAUCUACCGCGUGCGACUCCACGGCCGUCCUUGA